CGUCAUUUGAUGGUACAAGGAUAAAUACCAAGCAUCGCACAAGAUUGUCACAUACAUCUCCGACCGUGGUUGUACAUUGGUGUCUGUUGAGACUCUACCGAUUCUUGGAUUUUUAGGAUUGCUCAAAACUUGAAAAGAAAUUAAAAGAUGGCUCGUACCAAGCAGACUGCCCGUAAGUCAACUGGAGGAAAGGCGCCAAGGAAGCAGCUCGCCACAAAGGCGGCCAGGAAGAGCGCGCCUUCCACCGGUGGAGUCAAGAAGCCCCAUCGUUACAGGCCUGGUACCGUCGCCUUGAGGGAAAUCAGGCGCUACCAGAAGUCUACUGAGCUGCUGAUUCGCAAGCUGCCCUUCCAGCGCUUGGUGCGUGAGAUCGCUCAGGACUUCAAGACCGACCUGCGUUUCCAGAGCGCGGCCAUUGGCGCCCUGCAGGAGGCCAGCGAAGCAUACCUUGUGGGUCUGUUUGAGGACACCAACUUGUGCGCCAUCCACGCCAAGAGGGUGACCAUCAUGCCCAAGGACAUCCAGCUGGCUCGCAGGAUAAGGGGGGAGAGGGCUUAAGAUGCCAGCCUUGGAACCCUUUCAGGGGAUUCAUCAUAUUUAUCAUAUUUCACACUUGUUCGUGGACAUUUUUAUUUCUUGUACCUAUUCUCUUCCUAUGUGUUUAUAGACCAGAUCAAAAGGUUGUCAUUCCGCAACUUCACAUGUUUUAGAGUGAGUGACUUGUUCAGACCUGCUCCCAGAUGGUGGGUUCAGGACUGGGUCUAGUCAAGGUCUGUCCUAGUUCCCACGUGGAUUUACCAGAUCAGAACUGGAUUUAGUCCAGAUUAAGCCUUCAAUCUGGGAAACGGGCUGUUUUUUUUAAAAGAAACAUGACAAAUGUCCUCGUCCUGAGUGGCAAGGCACAGCACACAUUCCAUCUUGUUGAAUGAGGCUUUCUGGUAAAGGAUGAGGUUGCUCAGGUGGUUUUCCGUGAUGGGUGUUGCUGACCUGCCACUGGGGUACAUAGGCUCUCUUCAUGCAAUAACUCUCUGACUGGCAGUCUGUUUAACGUGACCUCAUUUCCUGUCUGUUCCAACUUUUGGUCUUGGAGAAAUUGUAUAUUGAUUGCUUUUUUUGUCAUUUUUAUUUUUUUCCAAUAUAAACCUUGGCAGCUACAUUGAAUACUAUUUAUGAAAAUGUUAUCACAUUGUAGACUUUCUAUUAAACGACAUGGGUCAAACCAGACAA